AUGGAGAAGGUUAAAAGUCGUCACUUCUGCAAAGUAUUCGAUCGCGGCGUAUCUACUGAUUUCAACUAUAUCGCAAUCACAUUGGCAGGACGGAAUUUCAAGUUUAUUCGCAAGGCUUGCAAAGAUGGUAAACUCUCACUGGCUUGUGGAUUGAGUGCAGGCAUGCAGUGUUUAAAAGCAUUAGAGGAACUGCAUAAAGUUGGCUUCGUACAUCGUUCGGUGAAUCCUUCAACAUUUGCUAUUGGACGA